AUGGUAGGCCUUGGUCCUAAUGAAGAGGAAGAUCAAGGGUUUGUUUUUAUUCGAAGAAAGAAUGCCCCACUGCAGGAAUCUAUUAUUCCUAUUCCCCUCACAGAAACGCCAAUUAUCAAGAAAAAUCAGGUUAUUAGACAAAGUAAACGGCGUUCGAGUUUAGAAAAAAGAGGAAGAAGAGCAUCUUCAAUUGGUAACGGAUUUGUAGCCAAACCACAUCCAGAUGUGAAUUCAAAUGAAUUUUUUCGUCAUAUUCAGGCAGAAAUGCCUGAACCAAUAAAACUCAGACAACUUUUGGCAUGGUGUGGACAAAGGACUUUAGAUAAGCAAAUUUCAGCAGAUGAAAAUGCACUAAAAAUUGCAAAAAUCAUAGAGCAAGAAGUAUUAGACGAUUUAAUCGAUGGCAAAAUCAGUACGUCAUGGUAUCAUCGACAGAAUGGACAUGAUUCUUUAGAAAAAACUCUGCCGCGAAAGCCACACCCACAAAAUAUCGUAAAUCAGCGAAAAUUAAAAGAACAUGAGGCAACUUUGCAAAGAUUGAAAGCAGAAUAUGAAGAAUGGUCGAGAUUGAUUUCAGAAAUCAAUUCUUCUUAUGCAUCAGUUGUCAAUGUUGCACCAUCAAUUCCUUCCAGUGAAGACAAAAUUUCUACUUCACCAGAUGAAAUAGAUAUGUCUUAUUUACCGGAGGAGCAACAUAAAUUUUUAUUACAAUAUUACAAUGAAGAUGAGAGAACCAAAAUAAAUGACAUAGAAAGAAUAAUUCAACCUCUCGAGCCUCAGCUUGACCACAUAUACAAUCUUUUUUAUCACGCGUCCAAUUUCAAUACUGCCGCCCAAAUUUAUUGCGAGAACUUGCAUCAUAAACUUUCAUCAACAUUCUUACACAAGCAACAAUUAGAACGCGGUGAAAUAGAAACCAAACAUGUAUUACAAGCUUUUUCUCGUAUCAUAAAGGCUAUUUUAUCAUCUUGUCUCUCCGAACGUAAUUUUAGAAAGUGUAUAAUGGCAGAUACUCAAAUGCAAACCGACGUUCCAACACCCGAGGAUUCUCCUGACUCUUCAAAAAAAGUCUGGCCUGGUCGUUGGACUCAUAUUAAUAAAAUAUUGGAUCGGAGAGGACCUUUUUGUGACAAGAGUUUCAAUCCUGGUCACGGUGAGGAUAUUUUACUUAAUCAAUGCAGAAUUCUUGUAAUCGGUGCUGGCGGUCUUGGAUGUGAGAUCUUGAAAAAUUUGGCUUUAUCUGGUUUUAAGGAUAUCGAAGUUAUUGACAUGGAUACCAUCGAUGUUUCGAAUUUGAAUAGACAAUUCUUGUUCAGACCGGCUGAUGUUGGAAGUCCUAAAGCUAAAGUUGCCGCAGAAUUUAUAAUGAAGCGAGUUGCAGGUGUAAAAGUUUCUUAUUAUCACGGAAAAAUCCAGGAUAAAGAUGAUGAUUAUUAUCUUGGCUUCCACUUGAUCAUUUGUGGACUAGAUUCAGUGGAAGCGCGAAGAUGGAUUAAUGCUACGUUGGUGAAUAUUGCACAGGAUGAUCCCGAAAAAAUCCGUGUUUUGAUCGACGGUGGGACUGAGGGUUUUAAGGGUCAAGCACGUGUGAUCAUUCCGACGGUAACAUCCUGUUAUGAAUGUUCGUUAGAUAUGUUAAAUAAACAAACUGCAUUUCCAAUUUGCACCAUUGCAAAUACACCAAGGUUGCCCGAACAUUGUAUAGAAUGGGCGUCAGUUAUACAAUGGCCAAAAGAACGUGAAGGUGAAAAGAUGGAUACUGAUGAUCCAACGCAUAUACAAUGGUUGUAUGAUAUUGCACUCAAAAGGGCGAUGGAGUUUAAUAUUACGGGUGUUACAUACUCGCUCACCCAAGGUGUUGUAAAAAAUAUUAUUCCGGCAAUUGCUUCAACAAAUGCUAUCAUUGCGGCUGCAUGUUGUAAUGAAGCAUUUAAAAUAGUCACAACUUCGCAACCUUAUUUGAACAACUAUAUGAUGUAUAUAGGUAACGAAGGUGUGUACACUUAUACAUUUGAGCAUCAGAAGAAAGAUGAUUGUCCGGUGUGUGGAAAUCAAAGCGCAUUUUUAGAUAUUGCUAAAGAAAUUACCGUUGAAGAUUUUAUUGAACUUCUUAAAGAAAAGCCUAGCAUUCAACUUAAGAAACCUAGCUUAACAACGGACACUAAUGAAAAAAUAUAUUGGCAAUCUCCUCCGUUCUUUGAGCAACGUACUAGACCAAAUUUAGUGAAGCAAUUAUCAGAAUUGGUUAAAGAUGGUGGUACCAUAAUAGUCACAGAUUCUACUUUACCUAUUUCGUUAAAUGUUACUGUUUCCUACAUUUAG